GGUCAUCUUGAACUGCUAUCGUUUUGGGGGCACACGGCUCCACCCCAAAAAGGUCAUCACUUCACUGUAGCUUUGGGUUGGAAGACGCAUACGAGUUGAUCAGUAUUCGUAUUCCCUCACAAGAAAGAGAUCUUUACGCAGGAAAACCUCAUUCCACUUUUAAUAUAUAUAUCAGUAUAGGAGUCGCUGCGAAUCUUUGCUUCAGUUUCUCUCUCUCCGUUGGGUUCAGCAGAGCACGGACGCAUUGCCGCCUACCGCGGAGGCCUCCUUUUACAUCCCCACCGAUUCUUUUUGUUAUUGUUGUUGUCUUUGUAAUGUCCACCCGCACGCUGCGUCGCGCCGGCCUCGACUUCGGUCGCCUGCAGGAGGCAGUGGAAAGUAGCUCCACCAUCGUGUCAGUGGAGAACGCCGAUGAGCACGGCGAAGUCAAGAACGGCGAUGUCUUUCACUGGCGUGUCGUCGCCAACCCACCGGCGAGUAGCAUCUACGCCGGCGCCACCUACGCUAUUUUGUUUACUCUUUCUCCGGACGAGUACCCCUUCAAGCCCCCAAAGGUGCGCGUGCUGACACCCAUCUUUAAUCCGAUGGUGUCCGACGUGGGCGGUGUGUGUGAGGCGUUGCUGGAUAAUGCUGAGUGGAAGCCCACCGUCCCGGUAGUGGAGGUUGUGGAGAAGGUCAUCGUGUCGGUUUUUGUUGACUUCAAAAAGUUUGACAUUCUCAACGACGUCGCCGCGGAGAUGAUGACCAACAAGACGCCCGCCGAGUUCAAGAAGGAGGUGGAUCGAGUCCGCACCACCGCGAAGAGCUAA